CGACUCCCGAGGUGUUUGCCGCGUCGCUAUUUUUGCUCCACAGCUUUUCGUGUUUUAGCAGUAAUUUAGCCCGGGUUUGGCGUUAAAGUGCUACGAAUUCAACCGCCCAAAAUGUCCUGGUACUAUACGCCCGUCCCAACGGUGGUUCCGGUGGAGGAAUUCGACGCUUCCGCAGACGCCAACGCCCUUCGCGGCGCAAUGAAGGGUUUUGGAACUGACGAGCAGGCCAUCAUGGACGUUCUAUGCGCUCGUAGUAACGCUCAGCGUCAACAAAUUCUUAACCAGUACAGCAGCGAGCUGGGUCGGGAUUUAAUUGACGAUUUGAAAUCGGAGCUGGGAGGCAAGUUCGAAGACGUCAUCGUUGGGUUGAUGAUGCCACCGGAGAAGUAUUUGUGCAAGCAGCUGCACAAGGCCAUGGACGGCAUGGGAACGGACGAGGACACGCUGAUCGAAAUUCUCGCUCCACAAUCGAACGAGGAGGUGAAGAAAAUUGUCGACUGUUACGAGGAAAUGUACAGCCGCCCGCUGGCGGAGCAUUUGUGCAGCGAAACGGCCGGAAGCUUCCGGCGGUUGCUGACGAUGAUCAUCGUUGGCGCACGCGAUCCUCAGGGCACGGUUGAUGCGGAUCUUGCCGUUGAGCAGGCGAAGCAACUGUACGAUGCCGGUGAAGGCAAGCUGGGAACGGAUGAGGAGGUGUUCUACAAGAUCCUUGCCCAUGCAUCGUUCGAUCAGCUCGAGAUCGUGUUCGAAGAGUACAAGAAACUCUCUGGCCAAACGAUCGAGCAAGCCAUGAAGCAUGAGCUGAGUGGGGAACUUUACGACGCACUUAGCGCGAUCGUCGAAUGUGUCCAAAUGGCACCACACUUCUUCGCGAAACGCCUCCACAAGGCCAUGGAUGGGGCCGGUACGGAUGAUGCGACACUGAUCCGGAUCAUCGUCUCACGGUCGGAGAUCGAUCUGCAGAACGUGAAGGAUGAGUUCGAGCAGAUGUACAACAAGACGCUCGUGAGCGCCGUACGGAACGAGUGCUCAGGAGACUACAAACGUGCUCUUUGUGCGUUGAUCGGUAGUGCCUAAAUGCAUGACGUAUACAAGAAGCCUAUAAAAGAUAAACGACAUUUAAAUGUGGUUCUGUAAUGCCAAUGAGAUUUAAAAUGCGCACUCUAGUUAACGUUUGCAAGACAAACCGAGGCCGCAAAUCGGCAUUUAAGUUGUAGCAGCUGCUGCGAGUCCUUCUGAAGGUGGCCUUACCAGCAAAUGGGAGGAGGACGUUACGUGCAUUCAAUGUUGUAGCCUUGCUCCAUUCGCCUUACGCUACGUUACGCUAGCAUUCACCAGUAUUUUAAUGCACAUUGAUUUGAAAUAAAGCAUUUAUGUGACUAUA